UCGUCUUGCUAAUACAAAAAGUAGAAAACAUACUUCCUAGUGACAUGCUAGGACGCCGCCCGAUGACAUGCAUCCAGGCUUACUCGCAAAUUGACCACGGAAAAAACUGGCAGCGAAAUUGCGACGAGAAGCGCCGAUCUGCUAUGCUGGCAGGUCGCGGCUGCGCUGGCUAUCGGCCCCCAGCCCCCCACUCUGCCUCUGCCCAGGCGCUUUCAAUACAAAGCACGCUUUGGUUUAUUUUAGCUUUAAGUCGCCGCGCACAUCAUGCAAGAACACGAUAUGUUGGACCUCCAUUAGCUGUAUAAAUCUAACUGGAAAUCAUCGCUUCUCCGCUCCAAUCUUGGGCGGCUGCACGGUCGCAUCGCGCAG